AUCUACCUGGUCGACGUUGUACAGACAAGUACUACCGGUUGUUUGAUGACUACCCUGGAAAUAGCAGUAGCUGAGUAUGCCCGCGGUGAACACAGGAACGUCGACCUGAUUUUGAAUGAAAUAAAAACAGCGAGAAAAUUCCCCGUGGCGCAUCAGAAUUUCUUCUCUGAAUGUCUCCGAUUGGUUGAUGAUUUGCCCAGUAAUCUCAUGCUUGCAUUUGCAAAUCUGUUUCUGACGGAAAAGCAGUGGUUCACUUUAGAACCAGAGCUAAGAGAUCAGUGCAUUUGUCUGCUCACUUUUAUUUCCCUACGCAAUUCUUCGGUUCUCAACCACUUUCUGAUGUCAGCUUGCAACCUGCUGUUCUCUGUGGAUGUUCAUUUCGACGAUAAAGAUAAGCGUCACUAUCCCUCACAAUGCUUUGAUCUUGCCGCGAAGUGUCUUCAUGAACUAGUUCUUGCGAUACCUCAGGCGGAGGAUCAGGUUUUAGAGAUUCUCAAAAUGUCUCUUCCCAGUUGGAGACGUCCCAUUAAGGAAGUGUUUGUAUCUUGUUGCAAUUUACUUGCUUUAAGUCACUGGGCGUUGCAACAUCCUUUCCUCAGUGAGACGUCGAUUUCAACUCUAAUGGACUUGGUUUUCAUUCAGCUUAUUGAUCUGGAGGCCCAUAUUGAUAUAACUGAUUAUUCUACUCAGAAUUCCAUACUUCCUGCAGUCGACGACCUUCUAGAAAAGUCAUCAUUUGAGAAGAACGUACUUCAGAUGCUGGAAGUACUUGACGCCUCUGACUCUAACGAGCAUUCAAAGGUUGAAAUCCUAGUCUGGUUGAGUAUUAUGUACUUGCACAUUGCGUUUGACGCCUUCCCUAAAUCUCAGAGUCCCGUAAAAAUAAACAAACAGGAGUGGAGCCAGCUGUGCUCUGUUUUCCGUUGUAUGAGAACCAGAUUUUUCCAGUAUGUGCUGCCUGUUCAGAAUUAUUUCACGGCCUUCCCUCUCGUCCUUGCCGUUGCAUGCAGUCUCCGCCCUGGAGUAGUUGUGAGCUACGCGGAAAGCCUUUGGAAUUUUAUUAAGGACGCUCGACAGCCUACAGCGUCCCGUGUUAGAUGCGUCGCCUAUCUCUCAGAUACCCUUGCUCGUUCAAACUACGAUUCGCACGAAGUCCUCUUGGAGCUGCUUCAUGACAUGGCUUCUUGCCUCUCAGAAUCGAGUGUUGUGGACGAUGGUCUUCGGUACAGUUUCCUUUUAACCUUAGUAAAGGGAAAGGUGUAUGAGAGGGGUGAGUUGGAUGUUGGUAGUCGCGCCCUGGGGUCACUAUCGGCUUACUUUUGA